AUGGUUUGUUUUCUGGCAACAGGAAAGAACAGGAGGCUGAAGCAGGCAAAGGAGGAAGCCCAGGCAGAGAUUGAGCAGUACCGACUGCAGAGGGAGAAGGAGUUCAAAGCCAAGGAAGCAGCGGCACUUGGAUCUCAUGGCAGCUGCACCACUGAAGUUGAGAAAGAGACCCAAGAGAAGAUGAGUGUGAUCCAGCAGAACUUCCAGAGGAACCGUGAGGUGGUUCUCUCCCAGCUGUUGUCACUAGUGUGUAACAUCAAACCUGAAAUCCAUGUGAAUUACCGGAUCAAUGGGUAG